AUGAAGAGAGGAGGACACAAGGUGGGAGAACACAGCAGAAGGAAGUUGCUUUCGGGAAACCCAGAACGACUGACACUGAGCUCUCCUGACACUGACAUCCAGGCUCCUCUUGUCGGUCAAGCAGCUGCAUCCAUCAGCAGCGGGGUCCUUUCUGCACCUGUACCGCUGUCACUACCUAUCACGAAGAAGUCCUGGCAUGAGGACAUCACUCAGGACCUGAGGAAUCACCUAGUGCACAAGCUGGUUCAAGCCAUAUUCCCUUUCCUAAGCCCUGCAGCACUGAAGGACAGACGCUUGGAGAACUUGAUUGCUUAUGCACAAAAAGUUGAAGGGGACUUGUAUGAGUCUGCCAACAGCAGGGCUGAAUAUUACCACUUACUGGCCGAGAAGAUUUAUAAAAUCCAAAAGGAACUAGAUGAGAAGAGAAGGUCCAGACUGUCGAAGCCACUCACGAACACUCAGGAUCCUUAACAGCCUGAUUUCAUCAGUCCAAAGUUAUAGGACCUGAACUAGGGGUGUGCGAUAUUGAAGAAAAAAAAAAAAAAAAAGAUAUCUCUAUUUUUGGGAUUUUUUCGAUAACUAUAAUUUCACGAUAUUUUGCAGAGUGUGUUAUUGUGCUGAUAUCUGACUACUGUGGGCAGCUGCAGUUUUUGAUAUUCUUCAUAUUCUGUGUGGUCAGUUCACAUCAGUGACAGAAAUUAAUGGUUACACUUUAUUUCGAUAGUCCACUUUAGACAGUCUACUAGCUAUAAGUAACUUUGUAACUACGUGUCAGCUACAUGUCAACUAAUUCUCAUUGAUUUGCAACUACAUGUCUACUAACUCUCAGUAGGGUAGGUUUAGGGUUAGUAGAAUAAGUUGAUAUAUACUUGCAAAGUUUCUGAUAGUCAGUAUGUUGUAUGUUGUGGACCCAUCAAAAUAAAAGGUUAGAAGAUAUUAAGCAGACAGUCUACUAAUACUCUACCGACUGCUAGUUGACAUGUAGUUGCAAAGUUACUCACUGUAAGUCUCUUAAUAUUAACUUAUUAUUUUUUGAACGGCUGUCUAAAAUCAAUAACACAUUUGUAAUCAUGCCUAUUUUUUAAGAAAAACGGCACUCUUAGUGUGAUUUUAACUAUAUGAAAUGAUAUAUAUAUAUAUACAUUUUCUGCCCCAUAUCUUGAAUUUUGUGAUCAUUCUUAAUGCAUUUUAAUAGACUGAAUCAUGCAGUGAAAAACACACUCUAAAUGAACGCGUGCACUGUUUGACCCACUGGACUUCAUCACCUAAUGUUUGCGUGCACUCCGUAACGUUAGGUGUUUUGUUUGGUUUUUGCAAAAUAAUCGAUAAUGUCAAAUUGCACAUCGUUAAAACAACAAUUACGAUAUUAUCGCAGACGAUAGGCUAUAUAUCGCACACCCCUAACCUGAACAAGCCAUUGGUCAGAGUUAGUUUUUUGUUUUUUUUUGGACCAGGUCAAUCAUGUGCUACCCAGAAUGUAGAAGGACUGAAGGAUCUCAUUUGAGUUUAUAAUAACAGCCAGUAUGUGCAGCUUCAUGGAAGUGAACAUACAUCUGUGUUCUUCUUGAUUUGUUAUUUACAUGUUUAUAUGCAUAAACAUUUAUUCUAUUCUUUAUAUCUUAUUACUCUCCAUUUCUGAUAUUUCUUUGCUCUUUAUAUUUCGUCGUUGAAUGUUAUAUUGUAUGCUAUCUAUUCUAGAUGCAUAAGUGAGUAGAGUUUCUAUCCAAACGUGAAGCAAUCUUUUCAGAGCUUGCACAGUUACUAGCACAAAUUCCUUGUGUGUGUGAACACACUUGGAAAUAAAGCUCUCUUUCUGAUUCUGAAGUUGUUCAAGCAGAUGACGGUGGUAUAACCUGGUGACCAAAAGUGAAGAAAACACCAUCAGUGGAAACAGAUGUUUUGUUUCAUACUAUUUUUUUUUCAAUGCAUGAAGAACACUGUCCCAGAAAGCCCUUGGUUGCAAUAAUUUUAUUAGAAACAAUAACAUUUAAAAAGUACCUGCUAGAAGUGACACUGUAGUAAAGAGAUAGCAGAUGUUUAUCACUAAAUUAAUAUGGCAGUUUGAAGAAAAUGUAUUUUGUAUGAGUUCUAUUGUAUUCUAUUGUUUAAUGUGUUCAAAUUUUAUAUUUUAAUAAAUAGCUUUUAUACUAAAUAAUUUAGUUUUUAGAAUAAAUGUCAUGAAAACAGAACAUUAUGAACCACUUUGAUUUGUUUGUAUUUUUAAAAGCUAUGUGAUGUCUUAUCUGAAGGUCUUGUUUAUUACUUGUUUAUACCUCAGCUUGUCUUUGCUUUUGUGACUGUCUGUGUUGAGAACAAAUAAUUCAUAAUUUAAAUAAAAGAUAUGU